AUGGCGCAGAAUGCUACGAAUGAUUCUGAAGUGGAUUUGCCAAACUCCAGCAUUGUGAUGCUAUCGGUGUUUGUGUCUAUAUUCACGAUCCCCGUCAUACUGAUUGGAAACGGACUCACCAUCGUCUGCGUCUGGCGGACCCCGAAUCUGAAGACCCUCAGCAACAUGUACAUCGUCUCCUUGGCAGUGGCAGACUUCUUGACCGGUUGCUUCAUACCUCUGAACCUUUCCGUCAUGAUCCAGGUUUCCAAGGAGCUCCACUUCAACGAAGACUUCUGCCUGAUGCUCAUAUCUGGAAACCUGAUCACGGUCGGGGUGUCUGUGACGUCAAUGAUCCUCAUCGCUGUCGACCGAUACCUCUACAUCGUACGUCCUCUGCAUUACGCCACGCUGAUGACGACGGGGAGAACCAGAUUCCUGAUCGCCGUGUCCUGGGUGGUGUCUGGCAGCCUCAACCUCGUUCCCAUUUUCCACAACAACUGGGACCCUGCGGUGGGAUGCGCCUUCUUUCAGACGAUCAACGAAGACUUCUUAAUGUACUACGUCUGCUUGUACUUCUGGACAGGAAGUACGAUUUCUGCCAUUUUGUAUGGCACUAUUUUUCGAGUGGCUUGGAGACAGCACAAGACUGUGACAGCGCUGUACGGGAAACCUGCGUACGGCAGUCUAACCAAAGCUAACUGGCAAAGGCUGAAACUCUUCUUUGUGGUGUUUGGGAUAUACUUCGUGUGCUGGCUCCCUCUGACAAUGGCAUUCAUUCUGGGAAGAUUCUUCCCCGUUCCUCGUUCUGUAUCUCAUGUCACAAUUACUCUUAUCUACGUCAAUUCUAGUGCCAAUUGUUUUGUGUAUGCGCUGAUGAACAGGGAAUUCAAGCAAGCCAUGAAAGCGUUCGUUUCUGAUGUUAAAGGCUAUUUGUGUUUCAGUUAA